AUGUUUCAAUUCGGGAAAAAUAACAAGCCACGCUCAAAAUGUUACUACACUCAAGUCACGGGCGUGUCAUACGUUGAUGCGGACCAGCCUCCAAAGAAGAAGAAGCCAUAUUCUCUAUUCCACAAUCACGCCUUCUCACAUACCAUGGACGUCGCACUCCCCGAAGAAAUCUACACUCUGAUCCAUCAUCACCUUGAAUCCCUCACCCUGGAUUACUCUCGCGUAUUUCUUUCUCUAUCCGACAUCCUCGACCCACCGUUCUUCAACCAUUACAUCAAGCAAGGUUCCAUCGCCCUUCUCUCCGAAGGACGACCCCAGAUUGACAAUCUCAUCUCCCUGACUGCCGGCAUUCUGCGCCUGGAACUCGACAAACCGACCUACGAACGCGCCGGCCUUGUCGGAACCCCCAUACCCAGCGGCGGACGCACGCAUGUCAAGGCGCGAUAUGCCAUCGAGUUCAAUCUCCGCCUCCCGUGCAUGUUACACGGCAAGAAGGGGUUUGAGCGAUUGAAGUACGCAGCGCAGAACGUACUUACGCAAAGCCUAUCCUUCCUCUUCGUUGACCUGGGUUCGAGUAGGAUGGAAGUAGAUGAAGACCCGCUGGCGAAGCAUCAUCCAUUCAAGCACACUGUAGCGCCGAGCGUCUUGCGUAUGCCAGACACGCUGUGUCCGGUGCUGCCAGGGCUACGAGGACUUGAAGAUCAGGGCAUCGCGGCAGAGGUUUACGAAUGGUUGUCGUUGGUGUCGCUUGCCUCACCGCGACUAUCAGCCAGUGAUGACAUGGAUGGGUUUUUGAGUCGAUAUGCGGUGCCUGAGGUAGACGCGCACGUGCCAACAAGCUGCAAUCUUGUGAGGUUGCGCUGGCGAGGGCUGAUCACGCCGCAAUAUGUGACUAAGGUGUGGAUGGCAGUGUUGAGAGAAAGUGCUCGUAGUGGCAAUGAAAAUUGGGUCGCACUGAACGCGGGCUGUUUUCGGGGAGGAGGGUCGUAUCAGGUACUGGAUUUCGGGAAAGAGGGAUGUGUAUGCUGGGAAGUGGAGCGAUCCUCUAUGUGA